AUGAAUAAACAGUCGAGUCGACAGCAACAAGCUCAAGCACAACCUCCCCCUCCUCCUCCUCCUCCCGCUCCUCAGCCGCCACCACCUGCACAAACAUCAGAGCCGCCCAACAAUGACGGUCAAUUCGGUGACGCAUCAUCUUAUCUUCAAUUUCAACAAUCCACAUACUUUCCUAACAAUCCGUCGAUGAGCCAUCAGCAAGAUCAACCAUUCGCAACCGAUGAGCAAACGAAAAGUUAUUUCUCUUUUUUCGAUCGUUUCGGCGAACACGAUCUAGUGCGUGCUCGUCUUAAUAAUGAUUUGAAACGCGAAUACAAUGACUAUUUACAUUCAUUACAAGAUAUGGCACGAAAUAAAACGGCACAAAUGAGUGUAAUGGCUACACCGCGUGGAACUACCACGCGCCGUGUACAGUUUCAGCAAGGACAUUCCAUGAGUGGAUCAAAAGACCAACGAGCAAUGCACAAUGCUCAUAGUAUGAACGACAUAUCAUCAUCACAAACAAUACAAAAUUCUCAAAGUAUGAGUGAUCUGUCAUCAGGUUCGUCCAUACAUAAUGUGCAUAGUAUGCACGAUCUAUCAACAACAGCAACAUCUGAGUUAGCAGCUAAUCGAGCGCGUGCACGCUUACUACAACAGCACAGUGAACAAUAUAUUCGUGAUCGUGAAGCAUAUAUUCUAGAAUUAUAUGAACAGAUUUAUGAAUUAGAAGCACGUAUUCGACAAUUAGAAGGAGAAGCUCGAAAACUGACUGUUCAUAAUUCAACGAAGGAAACACGUGAACGAUACACUCAAGAUUUGAAUGCAUUAAAUGCAUUACUUGCUGAACGAUUAAAUCAACGAGUUGCUGUUGAUUACGAAUUGGCUCAAAUUCUCAAUCGACCACCAGUUCCCUAUGUUUCCGGCGGGCGCGUUGUUGUCACUGGUACAUCUAACAUGAAUAUGCCAAUUCCACAAAUGACUCCACGACCAGUAGAUAGUUUACAACUUGGUCAACAGACAUCCCGAAGUACUGAACAGAUUAGUAGUCAAUCAAGACGAGUACAAGAAUCACAACAAUUUCAAUCCCCUCGAACACCACGAGAUCCGAAUCGUCCACAAUCGCCGAGUUAUGCUCGUGGGUCAAUCUUCAAUGGUAUAUAUGGUACAUUCAAAACUGAAGAACAAAUACGAAAGCAGGAAAGAUAUCGACUUGAUUUGCUCCAGCAAAUCGAAGAGAAACGUCUUCGGGAUGCUGCCGAAGCAGCUCGACGUAAAGCCGAAGAAGAACGCGAACGUCUCAGACAGUUGCAAUACGAACAACAACUGGCGAGGCAAUUAGCAGAGGAAGCAUUACGAAAGCAGCAAGCCGAAGAGGAAGAACGUCGACGGCUGCUAGCAUUAGAAGAAGAGGCCGAACGAAAACGAAGAGAGGAAGAAUUGGAACGACAGCGCCAAGAAGAUGAAGCUGACCGACUACGACGACAAGAAGAAUUAGCAAGGCAACGAAAAGAAGAUGAAGCAGAACGUUUGAAGCGACUUGCCGAAAUCGAACGAUUACGAAAAGAAGAGGAGGCCGAACGGCUACGAAGACGCACGGAAAUCGAGCGCACACGAAAACAGGAAGAUUUUGAACGACUCCGACGAAAAGAAGAAGAGGAAGAGCGACGAAGACGGGAAUUCGAAGAAGAGCUAAAGCGAAGAGACAUCGAAGAACAACGACGACUAAGGGAAGAGGAGGAAGAGCGACGAAAACGGGAAGAAGAAGAAGAACGAAGAAGAAAAUUGAUCGAAGAAGAAGAAGAAGAACGACGAAGAAUUCGAAGACUUGAAGAGGAAGAAGAAGAACGACGAAGACGAAAUGCUAGAGUUGUUCGACCCGCAUCUCCAUCCGUGUCCCGCGAAAUUUCCGACUCCGAUGUUCUACGACGUCUGAUGCAAUUGAAGCGACAGUUAAGAGACAAAGAGAAUCGCUUGAGAGAUACCAUUCAACAAGAAACGACAACAACUCGUACACAUAUAGUUGAUUAUUCUUCACCACCGUAUAUACCACCACCACAACCAUUUUAUGUACAACGACGAGAAAGUUCAGAUGAUCUACUCGAUGUUGCUCGUAUUCAUUAUCGAGAUGCGCCAUUGACACAUGACAUUUUACUGAACAUUUUGAAAACAGCCGAAGGCGACGAAGCAAAUCCUAGUUAUGUUCGUGACGAUUCCGUGAUGAUGCAAGGAGUGGCUGGAGGAAAGCGAAUCACAAGUGCAGAAUUUCUUUCCGUUCCCAAACCGCCUGGCAUAUCCGACGAAUUGUUUAAUUCUUCAAGUAUAGAAAGUUUAGCUGGGCGAAGACGCUAUGGAAACAGUCUUCCUGCUUUCUAUGAUAACAUCGACUCGCUCGAGAUGGCUGACAAAGAACUGAAUAGAAUUGCAAAGAAGAGUGAUCAUCGCGUAAGUAAAUUGCGUCAUAUUGAAUUGGACGAUGGACAAGGAUUGGAUACGGAAGAUAUUCUUGAACGUUUCGAAGAAAAAAGUCGAUUACAAGGUCUCGGUCGUCAAUCAACUGUACAUGAUGAUGCAUGGCUUAAAUAG